AUGAAUAUUAAUGAGCACGUCCCUUACGCUUCAGGAAGGUUACCCAGCGUUCUAAUUAAUAUUCAUGAGAAAACCCUGGCUGUAGUAGAUUGUGUUCGGACGCAGUUCAGGAUGGGUUUGAUUCAGAGCGUGUUUGCUGCAGAGGGUGGAUAUCAUGUGCAUGGGAUUCAGGAAAACUCUCCAGCAGAGAGAGCCGGCCUGGAGCCCUUCUUUGAUUUCAUUCUGUCUAUUGGACACACCAGACUGAGUAAAGAGAGCAGUCUGCUGAAGGACCUCCUGAAGGCCAACGUGGAGAAGCCGGUGAAGCUGGAGGUGUACAGCAGUAAAGUGAUGAAGAUCAGAGAGCUGGAGGUCGUUCCCAGUAACAUGUGGGGUGGCCAGGGCUUGUUAGGGGCCAGCGUUCGCUUCUGCUCUUUCCAAGGAGCCAAUCACAACGUCUGGCAUGUGCUGGACGUGGAGGUGGACUCUCCUGCUGAACUGGCUGGACUCGAACCCUACUCUGACUUCAUCGUGGGCUCAGACCAGGUGCUGCAGGAGUCGGAGGACUUCUUCUCUCUGAUCGAGGCGUGCGAGGGCAGAGCUGUGAAGCUGCUGGUGUAUAACACACAGAGCGACCGCUGCAGGGAAGUGCUGAUCACUCCGAACAGAGCCUGGGGCGGAGAGGGAAGUCUGGGUUGUGGUGUAGGGUUUGGGUAUCUGCAUCGUAUUCCCAUGCGUCCGCAUCAACACCAGAACUCAUCCGAAACCCAAGAGGACCAACAUUGCUCUGAGUUAUUAUUAGAUAACUCCUCAGACGAGACGGGACGUGGUGUGACGUUCAUUCAGGACACGACUGAAGCUUCAGCAGCGUGUGAGAAAACGCCUGAUGAUGAUGAUGAUGAUGAUGAUGGAGGCAUCUGCGGCAGUGAAAAUGCAUCCGCUUUAAGUCGAUCUGAAGACGGCGAGGUCCAGAAGGACGAUUCGGGGAUCUACGACAUGCAAACACCCGCUGUGAUCUUAAAUAUGGAACCAAAGGAUGACGAGGUUGUACCAUUUCCCCCGAAAACCGUCUCAUAAGUGUGACUCGGAGAUGCAUGGAUUCGUGAGCGUGUUCUCAGGAGGAUAAGACAUUAAAAGCACGUCACUGAAACUAUUUACUGCUGUUAUAAAGCGCUGACAUGCAGGAGUGCACAGAAAAGAUGCUUUAUUUAAUAUAAUACACAAACACAAACUAUAUCUUCAUCAUCCGUGCAUCUCACAAUAAAUGUCUACAGUAUACUUCACCCCAAAACCAAAGACAAAAUAUAAAUGGUAUUGGAUUUC